UUUUGAACGACGCCGUCUCAUUCCAACUAAAACUUUAAAAGCACCUUCAUCGGAAAGCAAGCAGGGUGAGCGUCAAAGCCUAUCGAGCAACUCUCUCUCUCUAGGGUUUAGGAAUCUGUCGCGAAAAUUGAAUAUGCAACUGACUCUCGAAUUCGGUGGAGGAUUAGAGCUCCUCUGUGACUCUGUGAAGAUCCACAAUGUCAAUGUUGAUCCACAAAAUGGUGCAGAGAAGUUAAUCAUGAAAGAUUUGCUCGGUUGGGUCCGUACCAAUUUGAUCAAGGAGAGGCCUGAAAUGUUCAUGAAAGAAGAUUCUGUGAGACCUGGUGUUCUGGUCCUUGUGAAUGAUUGUGAUUGGGAGCUAAGUGGACAGCUCGAUACAACCCUAGAAGAGAAGGAUGUGGUGGUUUUCAUUUCAACCUUGCAUGGUGGAUAGCAUCUAGAUGAUCGUGUUGUGUACUCAUUUUGAUAAUGAAAUAGUUAUCAUGAGAUAGUCAUGGUCUCGGCAACUUAUUUAUCUCUGUACUUUUCUUCUAGAAUUCAUUGAAGCAUAUAUAAGAAAGUGAUGAAAGUUUUUGCUAUUUUCUCA